AAUCGAAAGUACGCAGCUGAUUUGAAAGUGAAACUGGGCAUUGCUUCAGAAUCUCGGCAGCGUACAGCACCUCCGGGUUUCUCCGCUCUAAAAACUAAAACUUUUCCAUCCAAACUUCACUCCCCGGGUCUUGCCAGCUUUCCUCUGCGUCAGCGCCCUUUACCCGGGGCUAUGGUAGACGUGGGGCUGUGUCUGGAGGCUCUCUCGGCUCUUUCCGGGUGCUCCGUGCAGCAGAGUGGCGGGGCGUCGUUGCUCGGCCCGCAGGACUUCGUGAACAUCGUGGCUCUGCGGCAGUUCUACAAACGGGAGGGUCUGCAGCAGCUGGAGUACCCGAGUCUGGGCUCCCUGUCGCUCCGGGAUGAAACCGUUAACCUGGACAUGAACGAUCUGUACAGCGCCCCUCCCGCGCUCCAAGGCCCCGAGCCCGACGCCAAAACCGUGAUCCACAUCAACCCGGGGGACUUCUUCGACCGACAUUACGACUACGACUUCUCCAAUGUUAAGGAUGGAGAGCAGCGCUUUGUCCGUGGUAACGAGCCAUAUUUUCGCCCGUGCGGUUGGCGGCGUGUGGCCCUGAAAGUCUCAGGACAAUAUGACGACGGCUCCGACGUUUGGCUCGGAACUGGCUCCCAGGCCUGGCCUGUGUCCUACCAGGGCCUGCACAUGGACGGCUCCCUCAUCCUCACCCGCAGGAAGGGGAGUGAGGAGGAUGGUGGGCUAGAUGAGGUGGCUCAGUCGUUGAUGGAUACCAGUGCUUUUGGGAGAGGGGUCUACUCCACUCCGGAUGUGCUCCUCGCUGAAAAGUACUGCAAGACCUUCAAGUCCAAAAUUGAUGGAAAAACCUACAAAGUCCUGCUCCAGAACCGGAUCAGCCCGAGCAAGAGAAAGGUUUGUCAGAGGGACCGGGUCUGGGUGGUCUACGUGCCUCAGGACCAUAGCCAAGUACAGACCAAGGCUUUAGUCCAGGAGUCAGUGAGACCCUACGGGCUGCUGCUCAAAGAGGCGUGAGACCAACCUGAGUCCGACCCAAGUCCAGCCUGAGUCCCACCCGAGUCCGACCUGAGUCCAGCUCGAAUCCGACCCGAGUCCGGGCCUGAGUCCAACCAGACCUAAAGACUGCACUGUUGUCAUGGUGAUGGGAUUCGGGACUACGCUGUUGUCAUGGUGAUGGGAUUAGAACCAGUGGUGGUUUAUAAAGCGAUUAAUGAUUUGAUUCAUUGACUAGACAAAUGAUUUUAUAAAUUAUCAAAGAGAUAAAAGUUUAAACAUAUUGGGCGAAAUACUGAUGUAUUAUUGAUGAAAAUGAGAAAUUGAUUAUUUUUUGACAUUUGAUUUAAAGCGAGGGGUAUUUUGCUUCUACAUAACACAUUUAGAUCAACUUGUUUCCUUUUAUUGUCUUCAAAAUGCUAUAUUCAUUGUUUAUUUUUUGUUUCUGGUGGGAAAUUGUGAUAUCACAGUAGGAAGCUGCAGGAGGCCAACACUGCUCUUCUAAUGUACACAGAGAUUAAUAUUUGACAAAUAUAAGAAAACACCUUUAAAUUGUGUGUAAACUUUUGGACAGAAUUCUCUCAGUCCAAUGUCAUCAGUGUGGAACUUGUACUUUCUGUAAUUUUCAACAUAUUAUAUUAUAUACUAUAUUUUAUAUUGUGGAGGCUUUUACAUGUUUUUACCUUUGAUACAGGUUAGAUUUAAUAAAGGGAGACACUGUAGGUGAAUAGGACAAAAAAAAAAAAAAAAACACAUUUAGAGAUGUCAAUUUGAAACUUAUUCUGUCGUUUACUCAUAUAAAUGUAAGAAAAAAGUAUUAAAAUUUUUUAAUGUUGUGAUUUUCAUGUAAAAAUAAGGUGUUUUAUGUGUAAAAACAGCCACCAUUGACCAGGUUUAAAUUUCUUGCUUCAUUUUGUUUUCAUAGAUACAAAAAAUAUACAGAACAGACUUUUGAGUAAAUUACAGCUGACUGAGAAACUGCCAAAAAUGUUUUAUUUCGCCGCACUUUUUUGGAAUUAAAACUUCAAAAAGUCCUUCUUUACGAUUCAUCAGAAUGUGAAGUUUGGUGUAGAUGCUACUUUACAGGGUGGUCUUUAGGUCCUAUGGGGGAAAUGCCUCUGAUGUCCCAUGUAACUCUAUGGAGGCAAGCUGAGUAAAUUAAAUAUUAAAGCAACUUUUGGUGCAGAGUAGAUCAUUUGGUUGUUUCCACAUAAAAACGCAUAUGCUAAGAGACCAAACUGACCAAAAAACUUAACACAGAAAAAAAAGUUUUGCAUGUAGUGUCUCCCCUGAGAUGCAUUUUUUCAGCUGUUUGUUUGCUUGUGCAUUUAUUUCCCUGGCAUUUGGAUUCUCAGCUCUGGAUGUGUAAAAAAAACAUGGAUGGUUGACUCUAGACCAGGGAUGGGCAAACCUUUGGUCACACAGGCCACAAUGGGUUCUUAAAUAUGACGGACGG